AUGCUCUUUGAGUCGACACCAAUACACGACAGACGAUAUACAUGUAGUACAGUGAGUAAGAUGGCGGAUGAUGAGUUUGUCGCGAUUUCAGAUCAAGAAAAAGUUAGAAUAGUAUCUGAUUUUAUUUUGCAUUCACCCCCAGGUGAAUUUAACGAGGUUUUUAACGACGUCAGAGUAUUACUCAAUAAUGACAAUUUGUUAAAAGAGGGUGCGUCGGGGGCAUUUGCUCAAUACAAUAAGGACCAGCUUACGCCUGUUAAGAUCGAGGGAAGUGAUUACCCGGCACUUAUCACCGAGUACAAUGAUCUGGGGAACCAGAGGUUUUAUGAUGGACGCAGUAAGCUCAGUUUUAAGUACGACCACCUACGAAAAGAAGCUACUGAUUAUGAACAGUAUGAACCGGACGUCAACGUCGAGCCCUGG